GAAAAGGUCUUGGGCCAUUACAAGCUUAGAGAUGAGCUUGCCGAGCUCCAAAGACAGAAUGACAGACGAAAACAUCUCGUGAUGCUUGGAAUCCAAAAGGUGGUGUUGUUGUCACAAGCACCCAAGAAAACCGCCAAGGGCACCAACGAGGCCACGAGAUUGAAAACUCAGGUCAAUGAUUAUGAGCUAUACACGAAUAAGCUCAAACAAGAACACUCCACGAAGAUCAAGCUCCAAGAAGCAAAGUUGGAGGCCUUGAGAGAGGAGAACUCAAAGUUGAAAUCACAAAUAAAGUCGCUCAAAGACUCAGUUAUCUACAACAGGGGCCCAGGAAAUAUCCUCUCAAGUAGAACGAUACCAUCGCCAUUUACGUUGCCCAAGUUCAGCUUCAAACACGAUGAGUUGAAUCCAUUGGGAAUAGCAAAACCAAUCCUGAAACUAGACAAAAUCUUGACACCUGUGGCACCCAGAGUGAAAAAGCCUAAAAGAACAUAUAUAACGUCGAAGAACAUUAAUCAGUUUGACUUGUUGAUGAAUCCGGGAUCUACUCUAAACAAAAGUGAAGACAUCUUGGCAGAUUUACUGAAAACUAAAGAUUCUUCUACCGAACCACCAGUACUGGAAUCUACAUCAGUAAAAACGUCAGUGCCGCCCUCCUCAUCUGAAGGGAAUACUACCAAAAGUACUCCUUUGAAAACUCCUUCAAGGCAAUCGUUUAUCGAAAACUUUGAUAAAUCAUCUGAUUCAAAUUCGGCCUCGCCCGAAUUCACCCCUUCACGAGCCAAACCCCAGGUAGGCUCCCUCAAAAGGAUAACUUCCAGUGCAGCGGUGUCUGAACAUAAAAUGACUCUGUUUUCGGUAACAGAAGAAGAUACUUUCACCAGUGCAAAUUCAACGAUGUUGGGCAUGAAAUCCGAUGACGAGACAACCAAAAGAAGGAAGAAGAAGUUACAGUUGUGGAAGUCAAAUGCAACUAAGAUAGAUUUGGCUGCCGACAAGAAAUCCAAAAGCUUUGGACUUGAGGAUGAGAAUUUGAAUUCUUUGAACUACUAUCAGGAUGAGAAUUUUGCCUUGAACGAUGGGGAUAGUCCAUUGAAAUCUACCAAGAAACGUGCUGCCGAGGACGAUCCUUUGCCACGAGAGAACGUCAAAAAGAAGAAAAGAAACAUCUUCAAAAUAGAUUAA